CAGAUCUGUUUUCACUACGUUUAGAGAUAUGAUUAUGGAGGCCUCAAACUCCCGGCCAUGCACUGGAACUCGAGUAUUGCAAACACAAUACCGAACUUGAACCGAGAACCCAUUUUGUUUUGUCAUCAACAGGGCCACUGCCCGAGGCCCUUAAAAAGCAGUCAGAAAUUAGAACUUGCAGAUUUCCUCAAACGGCCUUUGUUUACUGACUUUCUCCCUAUGCCUGGGGUGCUUUAGUAGAAGUCUUAUCCUGUUUUUUAUUGCAUAAAGUAGAAGCGUCAUCUUUACUCACCGCCACUCCUGACUGAAAUAAGUAAUGCUGAAAUCAACCCUCACCCCGAUUUUCUCAACCUUUCCCGCCAAACCCAGCAACCCAAAGCUCCUGACUCGUGCCAUUUCUUGCACUUUAACUCCCACUCCACCAACUGCUCAACAAAAUGCCUCACCCAACAUCUUCACCACUCCCCAACUCCCUCCAACUUCGGCUUACAUUCACCUCCCUUUCUGUCGAAAACGCUGCCACUACUGCGACUUCCCGAUCGUAGCUCUUGGUUCUUCCUCAACCCAAACCUACGGCGACGGCGACGACGACGACCCCCGUAUGUCAAACUACGUCCAAUUACUUUGCCGAGAAAUCAAUGCCACCAAAGUAAAUUUCAAGUCCCACCCACCUCUCGAAACCGUCUUUUUUGGGGGAGGAACACCGUCUCUUGUGCCACCAAGGCUAGUUUCAUCGGUUCUGGAUUUGUUGAGAGAGAAAUUUGGGGUGAGUUCGGAUGCUGAGAUAUCAAUGGAAAUGGAUCCUGGAACCUUUGAUGCUAAGAAAAUGGAGGAGUUGAAGGCGUUGGGAGUGAAUAGAGUGUCAUUGGGAGUUCAAGCAUUUCAAGAUGAGUUGUUAAAGGCUUGUGGGAGAGCACAUGGUGUUAACGAGGUUUACGAGGCUAUUGAAAUAGUGAAUUCAUGUGGGGUCGAGAAUUGGAGUUUGGAUCUUAUCUCUUCUCUUCCUCACCAAAGUCCACAAAUGUGGGAGCGGAGCUUGAGGUUAACCGUUGAAGCUCAGCCUAAGCACGUGUCUGUUUAUGAUUUGCAAGUUGAACAAGGCACAAAAUUCGGAACAUUGUACAAACCAGGAGAGUUUCCUUUACCUUCAGAUGUCCAGUCAGCUGAUUUUUACAGCAUGGCGUCGGCAACGCUUUCGGAUGCAGGUUACAACCAUUAUGAAAUAAGCAGUUAUUGCCAAGAUGGAUUUGAAUGUAAGCAUAACUUUACGUACUGGAAAAACAAGCCAUUUUAUGGUUUUGGACUAGGGGCUGCUAGUUAUGUAUGUGGAAUGAGGUUUUCAAGACCCAAGAAAAUGAGAGGGUACAUUGAUUUUGUACAGAAUUUAGAGAAUGGCACGAUGGAUUACACUGGGAAUAGUAAGAUAGACACCAGGGACUUGGCCACGGAUGUUGUGAUGCUCUCUCUCAGAACUGCAACAGGGCUAGAUUUGAAGUCUUUUCAAGGAACAUUUGGUAGCUCAGUUGUAUGUUCUCUUUGUGAGGCUUACAAGCCUUUUGUUGAAAGUGGGCAUGUGCUUUGCUUGAAUGAGCAGAGAAGAGUUUUAGCUGCAGACGAAUAUAACACCUUGCUUUUGAAUGAAGGCGUCAUCGGGAAAGGAUUAGCUUAUAUUCGGCUCAGUGAUCCAGAUGGCUUUCUCUUAUCGAAUGAAUUGAUAUCUGUUGCCUUUGGAGUUGUUGCUCCCUAGAGCAUGAAAGACUUUUAAAUGUGAAGCUUUUUGAUUGUUUCCUGCCCAGCUAGCCUAAAGCUGGCUAAGCAUUAAGACAUUAGCUUCACAAGGGAGACUUGAACGAUUGCAGGAGAGCAACGGGCUUCAACCUUGUGGCACAAAUUCACUUUGUAUCAUACAAUACAAAUAUCUUAACAGAGUUUGUCAUAGUUUUUUCUGCUGCCUUUGGCAUCCCA